CCGUCGGUCAGCCAGGAUUGACCGACGACCCCAUGUCCGCGGCCAGGUGUCUGGGCGACGGGACCACGUGCGGCCAGUGUGGCAAGCACUUUUCUCAUGCCUUUUACUUCAGCACCCACAUAGCAUCCCACGCCAGCGGGCUGGAGGGCCAGAUAGUGGGCCAGUGUGGGAGAUGUGGGCUGGUUUUCUACGAGCAGGAGACCUACGUGGCCCACAUGGUGUCUGCUCAGGAGCUCAUUGACGCAGAGACCUGUCCCGCAUCACAAAGGAGGCCGGCCCCUAAUGGGUGGAUGAAGGAGGAGGAGGAGGAGGAGGAGGACAGAGAGGGUGAGGGAGUGGUGGAGUUGGACCGAGACGUUGUGGAUAGUCAGGAGGAGAACGACAAAGUGGCAGCCUACUUGAAAAACCUGGCCGACCUCGGGCUUCCGGUUGAUGUGCCAGGUUUUGAUAUCUUCCCGUACGAAGGAGGAGGAGGAUUAGAUGGUGGAGGAAGAGGAAGAGGAGGGAGGUGGGGCGGAAGGGGUGGUGGAAACCCGCCCGAAAUGAAGGUAGGAGGCAGAAGUCGCGUAAGAGGUCGUGGCCGCGCCAGAGGUCAAGGUCGGGGUCGGGCCAGAGGUAGAGGUGGUGCGGGCGCUAAGUCUGGCGGCUUUCCCACGUCGUCGAUGAUGAUGAUGAUGCCGCCACCAUCUUCCGGCCUGUGGGGGGCUGGUGGGUGUCACACGGGACGUGUGCUGGACGCUCCGCCGAAAAAAGCCAGCCCAAAGUACACGUACAUUGACGAGGACGAGGAUGAGCUGUGGGCACAGGAUGACCUUGAGGUCAUGCCCCGCAGCGGGAAAAUGUCGCGGGGGGAGAGGCUCAGGCAGAGACAGGAGCGUCUGAGUGGAAGUGGGUCACGAGAGGCCGCACAGUCUGGUCAUAAGAACGUUCUGGAUGCCGCCCAUACGUCUGCUCCAUCUUUAUCGUCAGACGUCCCUUCAUCUACGCCAUCGUCAUCAUCGGGCAUCCAAACGUCUACAUCAUCAUCAUCAUCAUCGGGCAUCCAUUUGUCUACAUCGUCAUCUUCAUCGUCAUCGGGCAUCCAUACGGCUUCGUCAUCAUCAUCAUCGAACGGCCAAUCAUCUACUUCAUCCACCGAUGCUCACGUGUCUGCGUCAUCAUCGGGUGUAUCACAGGAGACAGGAAGUGACCCCGGGAGUACAGCGGUGGUGGCGGAAGAUGCUAUUCCAGAGAGUUCUGUGGAAAGCAGCAGCAACAGCGACAACAAAAUCAGCAGCAGCAAUAACAGUAAAAACAAUGCGACGGCCUCAAAUGGUUGUUUGAAAGGUACAAGUUCAGCUUCUACUGCUGCUGCUUCUACUGCUACUGCUGCUGCAACCAAAACUGUUCGUUUCAAGAACAUGGAAGAGGAUGAUGAUGACGACGACGUAGUAUGUUUGACAGACAUCACACCCAGCCCCGCGCAGAAUCACUUGUCGAUGUCCACCAACGGAGGCAGGAGGAGGAGGAGGGGAGGGAGGCCGGGAGGAGGAGGAGGUCGCGGAAGGUCACUUGGUACCGACCUUGAGCAGGUGAAGAUCGCCUCGCGGGAAUACGUGGAACAAAUGCUCAGCUUUCCCGUGAUACCGGAUGUAUCGGAGAGUGUGAGGGGGGCGAGGGGAGGGGGUGUGACGCGUGUUGCAGACGGUGUAACACGCCGGAGGGGAGGGCGUGUGACGCGUGUCAUGGAUGGUGGCAUGGGGAGGAGGGGGGCUAUGGGGCGUGUCGCGGACAGUGUUUCUCGGACAAUGCAGCUUCUGGGGAGUGGCUCUGGCGUGUCUACUGUACUUCCUGUCUCCCCGCACAGGGGUAGACCAUCGCAGAGGCUUCCUUCCAGCGGUCGGGGUUUGAGCGGUGGCGACGGGCGUGACCACAGUGUGGUUUUGUCUUCUCCUGAAGGGGCUUCUUGGUCAGGGAUGACGGUUUCCCGCGGUGGUCGGGGGAGGGGAGAGAGAGGGAGGGGGCUUAGGAGGGUGCCUCCGCAGCCGUCGCAAGUUAUCGUCAUUGACGACGAAAUUGAAGAAGUGAACGACGACGACGAAGACAUGGACGUAGUGUGUGUGGAUUCGAACCCCUCUCUUCCGCCGGAUGGGACCGGGGUCAGGGUCGGUCAGAAGCGGGGUGCGGAAGGUGAAGGUCGUAGCGCCCCGGAGGGGAAACGACUCCGCACCGCGGACUCUUCGAAAGAGGUCACGGAUGGUGACGGAGCUUUCUGCCGCGAUGGAGAGAUCGAGGCAGGGAGGAAUGAAGGUGAUGGAGACGCGGGGAGCGAAGGAGUGAAGGAAGACAUUCUGGACGGGGAAGAGAUUGAUGGAUGGAAGGUGACCAUUUCUCAGGAUUCUGGUGCGGAGGAAGAGGAGGAGGACGACAGCGAGGGGGAUGAUGAUAAUGAUGGUGAUGAUAAUGGAAGUGGCAGUGGUGGUGCAGAGGUACCACCGUGUGAGGAUGGGGAUGAUAAUGAAUUAAAUGAUGGUGAGGAUAAGGAUGGUUCCGACUUUUGA